AUGGAUGUCCCUGAGCCCGAUCAGUCGCCCUUCACAGCUGUGUCCGCGCACACCUCUAGACUGACCCGACACUACCAAGCCUACCUCGAUGCUUCGACCCCGUACACAACCUACCGCUGGGUUGGUUCCGGCGUGCUCCUGUUCCUCUUCUUCUUGCGCAUUUUCCUCGCGCAGGGCUGGUAUAUCGUUGCCUACACACUCGGAAUUUACCUCCUGAACCUCUUCCUCGCUUUCCUGACUCCCAAGUUCGACCCCUCUCUCACCCAGGACGAGGGUCUCGAGGACGGUGAGGCCGGAUCCCCCAGCCUCCCUACCAAGAAGGACGAGGAGUUCCGGCCCUUCAUCCGCCGUCUGCCCGAGUUCAAGUUCUGGCACUCGGCCACUCGCGCCAUCGCUAUCGGCUUCGUUUGCUCUUGGCUCGCCGUCUUCGAUAUCCCCGUCUUCUGGCCGGUCCUGGUUGUUUACUGGAUGAUCCUGUUUGUGCUGACGAUGCGACGACAAAUCCAGCACAUGAUUAAGUACCGCUACGUGCCUUUCUCCUUCGGAAAGACACGGUACGGCCGCUCAUGA